GCAGGAGCUCCACCGCCUCCUAAGCAGAGCGACCCUGGUCUGUGUCCGCCUUGGCCGGCAAGAUGCUGCCCGUGUCCCCGGAGGUGAAGACGAAUCCACUGCAGAAGGCGAACUUCUGCUCAUGCCUGUUUGUCUGGUGGCUAAACCCCUUGUUUAAAAUUGGUCACAAACGGAAAUUAGAAGCAAAUGACAUGUACUCGGUGCUUCCAGAAGAUCGCUCCCAGCGCCUUGGAGAAGAGCUGCAAGGGUACUGGGAUCAAGAAGUUAAGAGAGCCCAGAAAGACGAUCAGGAGCCUUCUUUAAUGAAAGCAAUCGUAAAGUGUUACUGGAAAUCCUAUUUAAUUUGGGGAUUGUUUAUAUUUCUUGAGGAAGCCACCAGAGUAGUUCAAUCCAUAUUUUUGGGGAAAAUGAUUAGUUACGUUGAAAACUAUGAUCCCAAUGAUUCUGCUGCUUUGCGCGAAGCCUACAGCUAUGCGGCAGGGCUGAGCGCCUGCGUGCUCGUGUGGGCCGUUCUGCACCACUUGUACUUCUAUCACAUUCAGCGUGUGGGGAAGAGGCUGAGAGUAGCCAUGUGCCAUAUGAUCUACCACAAGGCCCUUCGCCUGAGUAGCUCGGCCAUGGGGAAGACUACCACAGGCCAGAUAGUCAACCUGCUGUCCAACGAUGUGAACAGGUUUGACCAGGUAACAGUGUUCUUGCACUAUCUGUGGGUGGGGCCACUGCAGUCUAUUGCAGUGACCGCCCUUCUCUGGAUGGAAAUAGGAAUAUCAUGUCUUGCUGGGAUGGCAGUUCUCAUCAUUCUUCUGCUCUUGCAAAGCUGCUUCGGGAAGUUGUUUUCCUCACUCCGGAGUGAAACCACAGCUUUCACAGACGACAGGAUCAGGACCAUGAGUGAAGUCAUAACGGGCAUCAGAACAAUAAAAAUGAAUGCUUGGGAAAAGUCAUUUAUAGACUUUAUUACCAGAUUGAGAAGGAAGGAAAUUUCCAAAAUUAUGAGAAGUUCCUACCUUAGGGGCAUGAAUUUGGCAUCAUUUUUCACUGUGAACAAAAUCAUGAUUUUUGUCACAUUCAUCACCAAUGAGCUUCUUGACAACCUCAUCACAGCCAGCCAGGUGUUUGUGGUGGUGAUGCUGUUCGAGGCUCUGCGGUUUUCGAGCACCCUCUACUUCCCCAUGGCCGUCGAGAAGGUGUCAGAGGCCAUUGUCAGCAUCCAAAGAAUCAAGAACUUUCUGUUACUUGAUGAGAUAACACAGUGCUACCCUCUGCUGCCAUCAGAUGGUAAAACUAUUGUGGACGUGCAAGCUUUUACAGCUUCUUGGGAAAAGGCAUCAGAGACCCCAGCCCUACAAGGACUUUCCUUUACUGUCAGACCUGGUGAACUGUUAGCUGUGGUCGGACAUGUGGGAGCAGGAAAGUCGUCACUGUUAUGUGCUGUGCUGGGGGAGCUGCCCCCGAGCCAGGGGAAGGUCAGCGUGCACGGGAGGAUCGCAUAUGUUUCUCAGCAGCCCUGGGUGUUUCCAGGAACUGUGAGGAGUAACAUUUUAUUUGGGAAGAAAUAUGAAAAGGAACUGUAUGAAAAAGUAAUAAAGGCUUGUGCUUUGGAAGAGGAUUUACAGUUUUUGGAGGAAGGAGAUCUAACUGAGAUAGGAGACAGAGGAACCCCUCUGAGUGAAGGACAGAAAGCCCGGGUCAGCCUUGCCAGAGCCGUGUAUCAGGAUGCAGACAUCUACCUCCUGGACGAUCCGCUGAGCGCAGUGGAUGCAAUAGUCAGCAGUCACUUGUUCAAAAAGUGUAUUUGUCAGCUCUUGAAAGAGAAGAUCACAAUCUUAGUCACUCAUCAGUUGCAGUACCUAAAAGAUGCAAGUCAGAUUCUGAUAUUGAAACAUGGGGUAGUGGUGGAAAGAGGAACUUACUCUGAGUUCCUGAAAUCCGGGAUAGAUAUAUUUUCCCUUUUUGAGAAGGGGAAUGAGCAGUCUGAACCAUCUCCAUUGUCAGGAACUUCCACUGUGAUCUCUGAGUCUUUGGUUCAGUCUCUCCAAUCUCCCAGACGCUCAUUGAAAGAUGCAGCUCCAGAAGACCAAGAAGCUGAGAAUAUACAGGUUGUACUACCUCUAGAGGACCAUUUGGAAGGAAAAGUUGGUUUUAAGACCUAUAAGAAUUACUUCACAGGUGGUGCUGACUGGUCUGUCAUCAUCUUCCUUAUUCUAGUAAACAUUGCAGCUCAGGUCGCCUACGCCCUGCAGGACUGGUGGCUUGCAUACUGGGCGAAUGUACAAAGUAACCUGUAUUUUGGGGGAUAUUUAAAAGAAGAUGAAGAUGUAGUAUUUGUUCUGAACUGGUUCUUAGGAGUUUAUUCAGGGUUAACUGUGUCUACUGUCCUUUUUGGUAUCACAAAGUCUCUGUUGAUAUUCUAUAUCCUUGUUAAUUCUUCACGAACUUUGCACAACAAAAUGUUGGAGUCCAUUUUAAGAUCUCCGGUAUUGUUCUUCCAUAGAAAUCCAAUAGGAAGAAUUUUGAAUCGUUUCUCCAAAGACAUUGGGCAUAUGGAUGAUUUGCUGCCCCUGACAUUUCUUGAUUUCAUCCAGACAUUUCUACUUAUGAUUAGUAUGGUGGGCGUGAUGGUGGCUGCAGUUCCUUGGGCUGCUAUACCUGUGAUUCCCCUUGGCAUCGUUUUCUUUUUUCUUCGGCGAUAUUUCUUAGAGACGUCACGAGAUGUGAAACGCCUGGAAUGUACAACACGGAGCCCUGUAUUUUCCCACUUAGCAUCUUCUCUCCGGGGACUCUGGACCAUCCGGGCGUACAAAGCUGAACAGAAGUUUCAGGAGCUGUUUGAUGCACACCAGGAUUUGCACUCAGAGGCUUGGUUCCUGCUUUUGAUGACGUCCCGAUGGCUCGCUGUGUAUCUAAAUGUCAUCUGUGCCAUCUUUGUCACUGUUGUUGCCUUUGGGGCUCUGAUUCUGGUAGAAUCUUUGGAUGCUGGGCAUGUCGGCCUGGUCCUGUCACUCACCAUCACACUUACCAGGAUGUUCCAGUGGUGCGUCAGGCAAAGUGUGGAAGUUGAGAACAUGAUGAUUUCAGUAGAAAGGGGGAUUGAAUACACAGAGCUUGUGAAAGAAGCACCCUGGGAACUCGAGUCUCAUCCACCCCAUAGAAGAGAGAUUUACUUUAACAAUGUGAACUUCAGGCAUAAGUCGGACGGGCCUCUGGUAUUGAGGAAUGUGUAUGCAGCCUUUUACCCAGGACGAAAGUAUGGCAUCGUGGGAAGAACAGGAGCUGGAAAAAGUUCCCUCAUUGCUGCCCUUUUUAGAUUGUCAGAACCUGAAGGUGACAUUUGUAUUGAUGGCAUCUUGACAACGUGUAUUGGACUUCACGAUUUAAGGAAGAAAAUGUCAGUUGCACUUCAGGAACCUGUUUUAUUCACUGGAACAAUGAGGAAAAAUCUGGAUCCCUGUAAUGAGCAUACAGAGGAAGAACUGUGGAAUGCCUUAGAAGAGGUGCAACUUAAAGACACCAUUGAACAUCUUCCUGGUAAAAUCAAUACUGAAUUAGCAGAAUCCAGAUUGAACUUGAGUGUUGGACAGAAACAACUAUUGUGCCUUGCCAGGGCUAUUCUCAAGAAAAAUCAGAUAUUGAUUAUUGACAAAGCCACAUCAAAUGUGGAUCCAAGAACUGAUCAGUUAAUACAAAAAAAAAUUCAUGAGAAAUUUGCCCAGUGCACUGUGCUAACCAUCACACACAGGUUGAGCAAUGUCAUUGACUGUCAACAGAUAAUGGUUUUGGAUUCAGGGAGAAAAAGAGAAUCUGGAUGGCCAUAUCAUUUGCUACGUAAUAAAAACAGCCUAUUUUACAAGAUGUUGCAACCACUGGGUAAGGCAGAGACCGCUGCCCUCACUAAAAGGGCGGAACAGGUGUACUUCAAAAGGAAAUAGCCAGAUGUUACUCACAGUGACCUUGUGGUUGUGAAUGUUUCCAGUGGACAGCCCUCAGCCUUCACAAUUUUUGAGUCAACACUGUGAUUCUACCAUGAGUUCAUGUCUAUUCCAAAGGCUUUUUUCCAAAAGGUUUUGCACUGCAUAAACUAUAUUGUACUUUUUUUAUACCAAGAGCAAAUAUUUACACAUACGAUGUCAGUUCUCCAAUUUCGUUCAAUGAUUUCAAGCUCUUGAAAAAGGAUUGAUUAUGUUUACUUAAUGUUAUACUACUUUCGUUCUUAUCCAAAUCAGAGGUGCAGGCCACCAAUAAAAACUGUCUCCCAGGUUUUGUUUCUUGAGAGACUCCAGAGCUAAACUCAUUUUCUAAGAUUUGAGACAAAGUUGUCACAGAUUUUUUUUUUAAUAUUCCCAGAUUUAUGUAUUACUUUUGAAAGGUUGUUGCUGAAUGAUAAGACACCAGGAUUCUUGGCCUCCAGAGGAGACGAAUUCAAUCAGGGGCCAGAGACAAGUCUGGAUCGCUCAGAGUUCUUGUGUAAUAAAGUUUUAUUAAAAUAUAAAGGAGAUAGAGAAAGCUUCUGACAUAGGCAUCAGAAGGGGGCAGAAUGAGUACCUCCCUGCUAGUCUUCAGCUGGAUGUUAUAUAGUCACUAGAAGUCUGUUAUUGAAAAGAAAGGAAUGUCUUAAAACUCAGAAUGCCACCAGGCCCCUCAUCCAUAAAUUACAUUUUGUGAUAAUCCUGGCACCAAGCCACAAAACGAUUGACUUGAAUCUUGUAGAAGGGCAGAUUACCAUACAAAUAGUUUCAUUUACAUAGAUUAGGGAAACAAUAUCUGAGUAUAACAUACUGGUUUGUCAAAUAGGUUCUGAGCCAUUUGGUGGAAGUUGAAGACAGAGUCUGGAGUACAUUAACAUAGCUUAAGACAAACAUUUCCAUAAGAAAAAAUGUAUUGGUUAACCCAAGGUUUGAGAAUAGUUAGCUUCAGGUGAAACCAGGUGUCAUGGCAACACAGCAUUUUAAGAGAAACCUCCUUUUAAAUUUGUAUAGAGAAGGGAAAAAAAAUAUCACCAGUUUGUUUCCUCCUGCUGCUUAAGAGAGAUAAAAAUGUCUGGCACUUGCAGCCUAUUUCCUCCGUUUGGAGACCCCUGGCCUUCCUGCCUUUUACCCUCUCACUUUCCAGAUAUAUCAGGGAUUCUGUUUACUUGAAGACUGUGUGAAGUUGCUGUUUUGUGUCCCCACUUCCUUUAACAUGAAUAGGAUCCAUUUUUCCACCAAAAGACCUCUGGUUAAAAUACUACAGAGAAACCUGAUAGAAAAAACAAUAUACUAUAGUUUAAGUGACAUCAUAGGAGAGAGCGGUCUCCCCUCCAAAAAAAGAAAAAAUAGAUAUAUGGUUAAAAUACAGAACGACAUUAUUAUAUGUUCUAAAACAGAAGGAAGAGAAAAUAUGCUUUCUGAAAAUAGGAGCCCUUCUAGGCGAUUUGCUUAUGAAGGACAGAAGUGUGCUGGACUGUCUUCUAGAUAGAGGGUUUUAUUUUUUUACAUUAAAACUUGUGGUAAAGUAUAUGUACCAUAAAAUUUGCCAUAUGGCCAUUUUUAAUCACACAAUCCAGUGGCAUUAAUCUCAUUCACAGUGUUGUGCAGCCAUCAUUGUCUGGGUAACUUUUGGUAAUUAUGUGCUUCCUCUUCAGUGUGUUAUUUCUGCAGAAUCAUUUUGGUAAGUUUCAUUUUUCUAGGAGUGGCUCUGUUUCCUGUCAGUUUUUGAGCUUGAUUGGCAUAAAUUUAUUCACAAUAUCUUGUAUGUUUAAUUUCUGCAGCAUUUCUGUGUUCUUUUGGCUUUUUAAUUUUCUUUGAGCCUUCUUUUUUAUAAAUAAUCUUGCAUAACA